AUGGAGCAUAAGAGGUCCAUUCGUGAACUGAAACCUCAAGGCAAAGCAUCAAGUAGUUAUGUUCAUAGAAAGUUACAAGAAAUUCCUUUUGUCAAGAAGUUGAAUACAAGCAAAUACAGAUCAUUAAAGGAAAACACAUUGCCUGCUAUCAAUUCCAACAAGACCUUGGAAAUAACAAGCAAGCUGAAGAACAUUAAUAAAAAGGAUAUCGAUGCUGUCCAAAGCUUUACCAAAACAGUACAAGCAAGAAUUCAAGACAAGGCCUUCAUGCCUCUCAAAUACACUGACCCUCGAGGGACAAGAUACCUUUCUUUACUUCUCUUAAGAGAACCAAAGACGCCCAAGGAUUUUGCUGAUAUAGUUGGCGAUACAGAAAUCUGGGUUGUUGACCCUGGUAUAUCAGCUAUCUUUACUGCAGUUGACUCUACAGAACAUGAACGUGUCCGAACAACAAGCUUGGAAGAAUACUAUCAUUUGUGUGGUUACAGUCUUGCUACAAGAAGACGAGAAGAACACCAAGAAUAUCAUUUGGACGAAUUUAAGUAUAUUAGCGAAUUACCUACUUUAAAACCUGUAAACUUGACCUCAUUUUUACUAGCUGCCUCUACAUGUCUACAAAACUAUCAAAGAGUCCAUAACUACUACUGUCUGAGAUAA